CUUGGGCUACAGAUUGAGUCCGAUACUGAUACUAACGAGGUCUUUGAAAAAUUUUUCGUUUUAUUUUUACUUCCUAAUUGGAUAAUUUCGCAGAAGCAAAGCAAAGAGUUUGGGAAGCAUUUGAAUUUUGAUGCAAGAGUUAAUUGAAGCUGAGAAAGAGAAAGAUGAGAAAAAGUGUGCUUGCAUUCUUGUUAGUGUUUUCUUUUAAUGCUCUUCUUCGAUUAAGCUCUGCUACCGUUCUUUUCAGACCUUUAUCCAUUUCCUUCCCCGACCUUCCUGCCAAAUUCGCUAUGGGUAUCAAUGGCUCUGGUAUAUGUGGAGCUUUGCUUGUAGCAGAGCCUCUGGACGGUUGCUCUCCACUAAGAAAUGAUCUUAGAUCAAACAAAACUGAUGGUGGAUGGUUCGCCCUGAUUGCUAGGGGUCAUUGUGCUUUUGAGGACAAAGUCCGAAACGCUCAAAAUGCAGGAUUUCGUGCUGCAAUUGUUUAUGACGAUCGGGAAAAAGGAAAUCUGGUUUACAUGAUGAUAAACCGCAAGAAUAUCUCAGUGCAUGCAGUAUUUAUUUCGAAGAUCGCUGGUGAAAUUUUAAAGGAACAUGCUCAUGGCAAAGAAGGGGAAUGCUGCAUUUUCCCUUUCCAUAAUGGAACAGCCUGGACCGUUUUGGCAAUAUCUUGUAUCUCUUUUCUUUUCAUUUUAGCUAUUUUGACAAUAGCGAUAUUUAUCCCUAGAUACUGGUUGAAUUCACGGGGAAGAAAUCAUGUCCCUAAGACUGUGGACUCUAAGAUGGUGGAGGCACUGCCCUGCUUCGUGUUCAGCUCUGCUCAUUUGAGUGAUUUGCAUGCUGGAGAAACUUGUGCCAUCUGCCUUGAGGAUUACAAAGAUGGGGAAAUUCUUAAAGUUCUACCCUGCCAGCAUGAAUUUCAUUCAAGCUGUGUGGACUCAUGGCUGACUAAAUGGGGUACAUUCUGUCCUGUAUGCAAGCGUGAUAUGAGGACAAAAACUGAAUAUUCUGAGGUCAAGAGAAGAACCUGGCUUUAGAAUCAAUUAAUGAAAAUAAAGUUUGCCUUGCUAAGUCCACUGCCUCGGCUAAUAUGGUCCUUUUUGGAUCAUGGUCUCAGUGUCUAUGGAGUCACCCACUUCAACUCUACAUGGAAUAUAUUGUCUCUUUAAAGGUUCGAAAAAGACAUCCGGAUGAUGCAUCAAUUUGCAUGGAGGCUCUUACAUUUGGUUGAAGCCACAUAAUUUUUUGGUGGUUUCAUCCCCAACAUUUGGAUUCCAAUGUGAAGUCCUGGAGGCUGGAGAUGAAUUACUGUCUCUUGAUGGGUCUAGUUUUGUGGCCCUAUUAUAUUGGAACCGUGGCGCUCUAUGAUGUUGUAAGAUUGUUAUUUGACAAGAUGAUGCUGCACUUGGUACCUCGUAUAGAUAUGUUCAAACUCUGUUUCUGUUAUACCCAAAAAAAAAAAAAGAAGGGGGGAAAAUCAGAACGGAAAAAUGAAUGUCAUUCUAUAUUGUCUU